AUGGAUGAAGAAAAUGUGCCCAGCAGCGACGAUCAGCCCCUGAGUUUGCAGAAAGCCCUGCAGCAGUGCGAGUUGGUCCAGAACAUGAUCGACAUCAGCAUCUCCAACCUGGAGGGGCUCCGGACCAAGUGUGCCACCUCCAACGACUUGACACAGAAGGAGAUCAGGACACUGGAGAGCAAGCUAGUAAAGUACUUCAGUCGGCAGCUGUCCUGCAAGAGAAAAGUGGCUUUACAAGAGCGUAACGCAGAACUAGAAAGAUUCCCUCAAAUUAUGCGCUGGUUCAGGAUUGUCGACAUCCGCAAAGAAGUUAUGGAGGAAAUCGACCCUGGACAGCUGACUCUGGAGGAACUGUUAGAAAUGAGUGAUGAGCAGGUCUGUGAGACAUUGGGAAAGUUUGGUGCCAGCAGUGAAGAAUGUGACCGGUUAAAUGCCUCCCUCUCCUGUCUACGGAGUGUGCACAAGUCAGGAAGCAGUUUGUCUAAGGAAGACUGGGCCAUUCCAUGGCCUGCUACGGAGACAGGGAAAGAAAACAAUCCUCUCACCCAGCAAGAGACGGCUCAGUGGAUCCGAACACAUCUUUCACAGAGUCCAAAACUACAGUCUAAGUGUACCCAGCACUACUGCCAUUUGCCUGUAGCUCAUGGAUUCUUGUACACUAAUGUAGACAGGUUGACUGUUGAAUCAUAUCCAGGUUCAUGCCAACCUUCAGAGACUGGACACCGCUCAUUACCACCAUCCCCUCGUCAGCGGCAUACAGCUCACAAUAAUACACCAAGGACACCUAAUAUAGUCACCACUAUGACCCCUCCUGGCACCCCUCCUGUUAGAAGGAGGAAUAAGCUGAAGCCACCUGGUACCCCACCUCCUUCUUCACGGAAGCUCAUCCACCUUUUACCUGGAUUCACCUCCCUGCAUCGCAGCAAGUCUCAUGAGUUCCAAGUUGGACACCGUGUGGACGAGUCUCACACACCAAAAACAAAGAAAAAGAACAAGCCUCUGAACCUCAAGAUUCACAACAGUGUGGGCAGCUGUGAGAAUAUCCCAUCUCAACGCUCACCACUUCUCUCUGAACGCUCCCUCCGUUCUUUCUUUGUGGGCUACCCGUCUUUUCUCCCUUCUACUCCCCCUGUUCACACUGAACCUUCUUCUGCAAACACACUGUCAGUGCCUCGCUGGUCCCCACAGAUUCCUCGUAGAGAUCUGGGAAACUCCAUCAAACACAGGUUCUCGACUAAGUAUUGGAUGUCUCAGACCUGUACUGUCUGUGGGAAAGGGAUGCUGUUUGGACUGAAAUGUAAAAACUGCAAACUAAAGUGCCACAAUAAAUGCACCAAAGAGGCCCCUCCAUGUCAUUUAUUAAUUAUACAUCGGGGAGCACGACUAGUUAGGACUGAAUCUGUACCAUGUGACAUCAACAAUCCCUUAAGAAAACCUCCCCGGUACUCAGACCUCCAUGUUAGCCAAACCCUUCCUAAAACCAACAAAAUUAACAAGGACCACAUUCCAGUGCCCUACCAGCCAGAUUCCAGCAGCAACCCUUCCUCUACGACAUCCUCCACACCGUCCUCACCUGCUCCUCCGCUUCCCCCCAGCGCCACCCCACCCUCUCCUCUCCACCCAUCCCCACAAUGCACCCGCCAGCAGAAGCCGUUCAACUUACCAGGUCCCCAUUACUAUAAGUACAAACAGCAGUUCAUAUUUCCAGAUGUUGUGCCUGAAGUCCCUCCCCGAGCACCUCAAGUAAUCCUUCAUCCUGUAAAUUCUAAUCCAGUUAAUGAAGGAAAUCCAUUACUUCAAAUUGAAGUGGAGCCAACAUCUGAGAAUGAAGAAAGCAAUGAGAAAGCAGAGGAGUCUGAAGACGACUUUGAGGAGAUGAACCACUUGUUGCUUUCAGCCAGGAACUUUCCCCGCAAAGCCAGUCAAACCAGCAUAUUCUUGCAAGAGUGGGACAUUCCAUUUGAGCAGCUGGAAAUUGGGGAGAUGAUAGGCAAAGGACGCUUUGGUCUAGUGUAUCAUGGACGUUGGCACGGUGAAGUAGCUAUUAGACUCAUUGACAUAGAACGGGAUAAUGAAGACCAACUGAAGGCAUUUAAAAGGGAGGUGAUGGCCUACCGACAGACACGACAUGAGAAUGUGGUACUCUUCAUGGGAGCCUGCAUGAGCCCUCCACACCUAGCAAUCAUCACCAGUUUGUGUAAAGGACGAACACUGUACUCAGUGGUACGGGAUGCAAAAAUUGUCUUAGAUGUCAACAAAACCAGACAGAUAGCACAAGAAAUUGUGAAGGGAAUGGGAUACCUCCAUGCCAAGGGCAUUCUACAUAGAGACCUCAAAUCAAAAAAUGUUUUCUAUGACAAUGGAAAAGUAGUGAUUACUGACUUUGGCCUUUUCAGUAUAUCUGGUGUGUUGCAGGCUGGCAGACGAGUAGACAAGCUGCGGAUCCCUAAUGGUUGGCUUUGUCAUUUGGCUCCUGAAAUAAUACGGCAGCUGUCUCCUGACACGGAGGAGGAUAAACUUCCAUUCUCAAAGCACUCUGAUGUAUUUGCACUUGGAACUAUUUGGUAUGAAUUACAUGCUCGAGAGUGGCCAUUCAAAAGCCAACCUGCAGAGGCCAUUAUCUGGCAAGUGGGAACAGGCAUGAAGCCAAAUCUUAGCCAAAUUGGAAUGGGGAAAGAGAUAUCGGAUAUUUUGCUUUUCUGCUGGGCCUAUGAGCAGGAAGAAAGGCCAAGCUUCACCAAACUGAUGGAGAUGCUGGAAAAACUGCCAAAGCGAAACAGACGCCUGUCUCAUCCAGGGCACUUUUGGAAGUCAGCUGAGUGA